AUGAGCUUUUCCAAGCUUCUUACUCUUUUAUGGAUGAUUGGACUUGUUUGGGCAGAUGCAAGUACCAAGCAUUACAUUGUUUACAUGGGGCAACACUCACACCCUACUUCAGAAUCUGUCGUCAAAGCUAAUCAUCACUUACUUGCUUCAGUCACUGGGAGUUUGCUUGCAGCACAAGAAGCAACACUUCACCAUUACAGCAAAAGCUUUAGAGGAUUCUCGGCAGUGCUUACCCCUAGCCAAGCUCAACAACUUUCAGAGAGAAAUCCAGUUAUUUCUGUUUUUGAGAGUAGGAUGAAUAAGCUCCAUACAACACAUUCAUGGGACUUUCUGGGAGUAGAUUAUAUUCACCAGUAUAAUCACCUCAAAAUGGACUUAGGAUCUGAUGUUAUAGUUGGUGUCAUCGAUACUGGAGUCUGGCCUGAAUCAGACAGCUACGAUGACCAAGGAUUAGGUCCUGUUCCUACAAAAUUCAAGGGAGAAUGUGUUCCAGGCGAGAGGUUUACGUUAUCAAACUGCAACAGGAAAAUUAUUGGUGCUCGGUUUUAUUCAAAAGGGUUCGAGGCAGAAAUGGGGCCACUUGAAUCUUUCAACAGCAUUUUCUUCCGGUCUGCUCGAGACAGUGAUGGUCAUGGAACGCAUACUUCCUCAACAAUAGCUGGGUCUAUGGUAGCAAAUGCCAGUUUGUUUGGGAUGGCCAGAGGGACUGCAAGAGGUGGUGCACCAGGUGCUAGACUAGCCAUUUACAAGGCUUGUUGGUUUAACCUGUGUAGUGAUGCUGAUCUUCUUUCUGCCUUGGAUGAUUCUAUAAGUGAUGGUGUAGAUAUCAUCUCUCUGUCCCUUGGUCCUGACCCUCCCCAGCCUAUUUACUUUGAAGAUGCGAUCUCAAUAGGAGCAUUCCAUGCGUUCCAGAAAGGAAUACUUGUUUCGGCUUCAGCCGGAAACUCCUUCUUCCCAAAUACUGCUUGCAAUGUUGCUCCUUGGAUCCUAACCGUUGCUGCAAGUUCUCUGGACAGGGAAUUCAACUCAAAUAUAUACUUAGGAAAUUCACAAAUUUUGAAGGGUUUUUCCUUGAACCCUUUUAAAAUGGAGUCGUCAUAUGCUUUAAUAACUGGGGGUGCAGCAGCUGCCCAAGGAAUUCCAGCUAAGAAUGCAAGCUUUUGCAAAAACAACACUCUAGAUGCCACCAUAAUUAAGGGGCGGAUUGUGGUGUGUGCACUUGAGGCUCUCACGGAUAACAGAAGAGCAAAAGCCUUAGUUGUAAGACAAGGGGGUGGUGUUGGAAUUAUUCUCAUUGAUCCAUUUGCCAAAGAUGUAGGUUUCCAGUUUGUAAUUCCAGCAACUCUAAUAGGCCAAGAGGAAGCACAAAUGCUACAAUUAUAUAUGACAACCAACAAAAAUCCAGUUGCUAGAAUAUCCCCGACAAUAACAAUUUCCAACACCAAACCUGCACCAAAAGUAGCUGUAUUCUCUUCUAGGGGACCCAACAUCCUUACACCAGACAUUAUUAAGCCAGAUGUUACGGCACCUGGACUGAAUAUUUUGGCAGCAUGGUCUCCAGUUGCAACUGAAGCCACAGCUGGACAGUCUGUCAGUUACAAUGUAAUAUCCGGCACCUCGAUGUCUUGUCCCCACAUUUCUGCAACUGCUGCGAUUAUAAGAUCUUAUCGACCUUUAUUGAGCCCAGCAGCCAUAAUGUCUGCAAUCAUGACAACAGCUACUGUCCUAGAUAACACCAACCACAUAAUUAGAAGAGACCCAGAUGAAGCUGAGACCAAUCCUUUCGACUAUGGAUCUGGACAUAUAAACCCAACAGCUGCAUUGAAUCCUGGGCUUGUUUAUGACUUUGAUGCCAAUGACAUUAUCAAGUUCCUAUGCAGCACUGGUGCAAGCUCUAAACAGCUGAAAAACCUUACAGGAGAGACAACUUAUUGCUCAUACCCCCCAAAACCCUCCUACAAUUUUAACUAUCCCUCAAUUGGUGUGUCUAGCUUGAAUGGAAGUUUAUCUGUUUAUCGAACAGUUACAUAUUAUGGUGAAGGACCGAUUGUCUAUGUGGCACAUGUCGAUUAUCCAGCAGGUGUCAGGAUUACAGUUACUCCUUCAAAACUGGGUUUUACAAAGACUGGGGAGAAGAUGACUUAUAGGGUUGAUUUUGUACCGUACAAGCAGAGUAAUGGAACAUAUGUAUUUGGAGCUUUGACAUGGAGCAAUGGUGUCCACAGGGUUAGAAGUCCCAUCAGUCUCAAUGUAGUUUCUCUAUAG